GUAAAAUGGCUCUGCUACCUUCCCUGCUCAUCAGCUCCAUUGAGUUAUGUCAGUUUGCAAUAGUCACUGUUACAGUACCCUUUUACCUGUUCUUGUGGUAUUUUAUGAUAAAAGCUCAAUUCCGAAAGUUUGACGAAUUAGCGACACCUUUCUUCAAAUUAUGCAUAUCCACUGCAAUAAUUGAUUUGAGCACCCUUUUCGCUAAUUAUUUCGGAGUAAUGUUUCCGAAAUUUGGAUUUUUCAAUGAUUUUUACAUUUAUCUAGAUGCAAUCUAUGCUCAUAUUUAUUUGUAUAUUGCGUGGAGUACGGGAAUAUGUCAGGCAAUGUGUGUAUCCGUGUUAGCUACUAAUCGAUUAUCUGCAAUGUUAUUACCAGGAAGUUAUCACAAAAUGUGGAAAUCGAAACGGCUUUGGAUAGCAAUUUCUGUUCAAUUUUUGCCUGGAAUGUUGGUUGGAUUACUCACUUUUUUCAAUAAAACACAGCUUGCUAUCAACGAAAAAAAUGGUCUGGUUCCUGUAUUUUUAGACAAACAAAUGACAACUAUUUUCUUUUCCAUUGGUGGUUUCUUUUUAUUUGCGAAUUAUAUUUAUCUAAUCACUGCGUAUUGUUUCCUGUUUAUCAUUUUACAUAAAAGAAAUGCAAAAUUAAAUAGUUUAUCUAUUAAUGUUUCAAAAACAAAAGAAAACGAUCGAAAAAGAGAGCGACGUCUUUUCAUAAUGUGCUCAGUUAUUGUAUCAGUUCAAAUGACAAUUCUUAUUUUCUUUAUCUUGAAAGUUGCUAAAGUUUUUGAACUAACUCUCGAUGAAUUUUAUGUUUUAUAUAAUUUACUGAGUGAUCUAUUUGCUAGUAUCAAUCCAUAUCUUUUGUGGAUAUUCUCAGAUUCUUUGAGAAAAUAUGUACUCUAUCAAGUGGGACUUCGUAAACAUUUAUCAGUUAAUAACACUGCAAUGAUCACGAAGUCGGCAAUGGUAAAUCGAAGGCCAAGCGUCGCUGUUUACAAUUAGAGAUUUAGAAUAAAAAAUGUAUUUUAUUUAUUUGUUCACAAAAAAUGUUUCACACUUUUUGAGUUUAUAUAUACGUUUUAAUUAUUUUUGGGAGAAUAUUGUAAACAAAAAUUAUUCAUGGGAUUUAAACGUU